AUGAGGAAGUGGGGCCACUCUGGGUCUGGGUGCCACGUAUCCACGAAUCCCCACUGUCAGAGCCGUCGCUGUGCUCCCGGGGUCAGCGGCCGCGUCCUGCCUGCGGGGCAGCAGCUCCGCUCCUCCCUGUUUGUGCUGGUUGGGUGGGAUCGCUCCCUCCCGGCGGCGUCCUUCGGGCACAGACGCUUCCCCAGUGCCACGGAGCUGCUGCCCAGUGUGCUCGGAGCAGCAGGACCGGGCGCUGCCAAUUCUCCUCUCCCUGUGUGCUCCGAACUGGGAGGUGCCCGGCGGGGGUCUGCCCCCCCUGCAGCCACCACGCUGGCCGUGGAAGGGAGCCUGGAGGUGUGGGUGCCGGAGCGGCUCACCUUCAGCCUCUGGGAUUACGGCGUCUUCGGUCUGAUGCUGCUGGUCUCCACCGGCAUCGGCCUCUUCCAUGGCCUCACCAAGGGCGGGCAGCAAACCUCGGAGGAUUUCUUCACGGGGGGCCGGCGGAUGUCGGCGCUGCCCGUGGGGCUCUCGCUCUCGGCCAGCUUCAUGUCAGCCAUCCAGGUGCUGGGGGUGCCGGCCGAGGCGUACCGGUAUGGAGCCAAAUUCCUCUGGAUGUGUGUGGGGCAGCUGCUCAACACGCUCCUCACCGCUCAGCUCUUCCUCCCCGUCUUCUACCGCCUGGGGCUCACCAGCACCUACGAGUACCUGGAGCUGCGGUUCAGCAAGAGUGUCCGGCUGUGCGGGACCCUGCAGUACGUGAUGGCCACGAUGCUGUACACGGGGAUUGUCAUCUACGCCCCUGCCCUGAUCCUCAACCAAGUGACUGGGCUGGACAUCUGGGCAUCCCUGCUCUCCACUGGAGUCAUCUGCACCUUCUACACCACCAUAGGCGGGAUGAAGGCUGUCAUCUGGACAGACGUCUUCCAGGUCUUAGUGAUGCUCUCUGGCUUCCUCGCCAUCAUCAUCCGGGGGGUGCUGCUGGUGGGGGGUCCCACCAGGGUGCUGGCCAUCGCCGCCAACGGCUCCAGGGUGAACUUUGGCGACUUCAACCCGGACCCGCGGAGCCGCUACACGGUGUGGACCUUCCUGCUGGGUGGCACGCUGGUCUGGCUCUCCAUGUACGGCGUCAACCAGGCGCAGGUCCAGCGCUACGUGGCCUGCAGGACCGAGAGGGAGGCCAGGAUGGCGCUGCUGGUGAAUCAAGUGGGGCUCUUCUGCAUCGUCUCCAGCGCGGUGGCCUGUGGCCUUGUGAUGUUUGCGCUCUACAAGGACUGUGAUCCCCUCCUUGCCGGCUACAUCUCAGCCCCUGACCAGUACAUGCCCUACCUGGUCCUUGACAUCUUCGAGACGUUCCCGGGGGUGCCGGGGCUCUUCUUGGCCUGUGCCUACAGCGGGACCCUCAGCACCGCCUCCACCAGCAUCAACGCCAUGGCGGCCGUCACCGUUGAGGACCUCGUCAAGCCCAGGCUGCCCACUCUGUCACCGCGGAGGCUGACCCUCGUCUCCAAGGGGCUGUCACUCAUCUACGGCACCUCGUGCAUCACCGUGGCAGCUCUGGCCUCGCUGCUGGGCGGUGGUGUGCUGCAGGGCUCCUUCACGGUCAUGGGGGUGAUCAGCGGGCCGCUGCUGGGCGCCUUCGUCCUGGGCAUGUUCCUGCCCAAGUGCAGCACGGCCGGUGUGCUGGGGGGGCUGGCCGCUGGCUUCGCCCUGUCCUUCUGGGUGGCCGUGGGGGGCACGCUGCACCCGCCCAGCGCCGCGGCCAUGGGGGUGCUGCCUGCCUCCGGAGCCCUCUGCCCCCUCUACAACCGCACCGGCACCAACCGCACCCUGCUGCUGGGACCCCUGCCCGCCCGCGAGGAGCCCGCGGCCCCGCCACGGCCGGCCGUGCUGGGUGACCUCUACGCCAUCUCCUACCUGUACUACGGCGCACUGGGGACCGUCAUCACGGUGCUGGUGGGGGUCCUGCUCAGCUCCCUGCCAGGACGCACCAAGCGGACGCGGCCGUCCCCGGGGAUGCUGUGGUGGGACAUCGUGAGGCAGCCACCCGCGGUGUCCCACACAGGUGACAAGACCCCUGGGGAGGAGCCCCCGGGCAAGGGGGGAGCCCCCCAGGACCCCCCCGGCUGCACCACCGCCAGGCUGCUGCAGGAGACCCACGUGCCGCGCCGCCAUCUUGACGGCGCCACCAUCUUUGUGCCGGGCAGGGGAAGUAACGGCGGGCGGAGGGCUCUCCCCCGGCCUGCUCGCCGCGGUAUAAGCACUGCUGUGGGCGGGGGAGCUGCCGGCCAGCCCGCUGUUCCCCACCGCCAUCGCUGCUGGCGCCGUCGCCUGGGCGUUUCUGGCGGUGCCCUCAAUGAAGAUGGCGGCAGUGGGAUGCGAGCCCUGAGCCGGGGCCGCCAGCCCCGCCCCUCCCGCGGGAGCGACAGCGCGCGACGGUGA